AUGGGACUGGAGAAUCUGUGUCUCGAGCCGGAGAAGAAGAUAUCGUUUGACUUGCCCAUUCUGGCAGUGAAAAGAUGGAGAGAGUACACGUUCAUCUAUACUAUCGGUCACAAAUUGUAUGUUAUGGUCAAUGAGGCUGUUACGAUGACUCUAGAUUUGUUGAGCGAACCACUAGUUCGAGAGGCGGGAAUUGAGAGCAGUUUAUUUCAUGCAAUGGACGGCGGUCAGCGAGAACCCCAGGUGAAUAUAACGGUGGUAGACGAACCGGAACAAACAUUUAGUCUAGUGUUGCAAUGUGAAAUUGGCGUCUUCGUUAAGCUUGGGUUUGCUCUCGGGACGUUAUAUGGAGAACGAUAUGAGAAAAACAUCUCGAGAGAGGUUAUAUCACAGGAGGUCAUGUCUCUUCCUUCUAAGUUUUUGCCGAAUCUGCCAGAUGUAACUUCGGUCGAUGACAUGUCUGUACUCUCAUCAGAUGAUGACGAGGAUGAACUGGAUCCGGAGGUUAUGGAAUUAAUGACAACAUGCGAAUGCCAACAUAAUAAGAGAAUCAUGCAUGCAACGGAGUCUAUACCUAUCAGCCAGAAAUAUCAUGUCCAUCCGGUCAGCAAAAGCAUUCUCAUCUCAUCCCAAAUGACUCCUACAGAAUUGUCUAUAAGAUUCACCGAUAGUUUCUGCUUCGACUGGAAUAAGAUGUCCAGAAAUAUUCCCCGAGCAUUAGAUGAUUUAAUUGUAACUGACUGGCGCGUUUCAUCCACCGAACCCUCAACUUGGGACUUUACUAUGCUCAAUGGCCAUCAAGGAUACAUUUUAAGCGCAACAAACUUCAACCAGUGCUACAUUCAAAUGACAAGAAUCCAAAAAACAACCAAGGGAUGGACAUCAAUUAUUCACCGAACUAUUCACCAUUUACCCAUUUACACCCAUACGCUACAUGCCAAUGGCGUGGUGUCUCCGCAUUCCAUCAGAUUCUUCGAUAAGUCUCUCGUGAUAGUGCUCUGUCCGGAAACAUACUUUAAGAAUGUGUGUGCACACGAUUCCGCGCAAAAUUGUUCUCCCGAAAAUUCUGGCAGCAACAUUGAUCAAUUAGAUCCGUCAUUAUUGGCCACUAUCCUGCCUGAGUCCAGUACACCCGACCUGUUAACCGAGUCUCCCAGUCAUGCUGUGGCGGAGAAAUCAUCUCCCCAGGAUCUCGAGCACUAUUACAAAUGCGUUCUGGAACAGUAUGCCGGAGAAGGAAUCAAUUUUCGGAACUGUCGUUUGAUCGCGAGCGGAUCCAGAGUUGUAUUUUAUCAGACUCGAGGUCUUAGUCCGGUAUCCUUGGCACCUGGCAUAAUUCAGUUCCGAGAAAAGCGUUCGGGAAACGAUAUGCAGCAUUACUUACUGAGUGUACAGAAUGCCAAAGGUGAAGUGGCCCACCAGAGACUUUUACUCUCGACCGAGCCGAUCAUUCAUUUGAGGUGGUGCCCAAAGCACCUGGUUGACCAGCUCCUGCGCGCCGAAGAUAGAUCGACUCUCAGGUCUCUAGACCUAGAUCUGAGAGAGGCGACCGAGUUCAUAAAGGCAGUAGAUCUGUACAAUGAUGACGAUGCCGCGGUAGCUACGGAUGACGGUGAGCAGGCUCAAAUGACCGCUUUCAUCAAAGCUGAGUUAGAAACAAAGACGGUUCCGAAUUUCCUUGCGGAUCCUGAAGACGACCCACUCGUGGGGAACCCCUUGCGUUCACCUGAUAGCUUUCUGCUGCAUACGGAGAAGCCAAUCGUGUGGAUCCAACCUAUCGACGGUACAGGUUUCCAGUCUAUUCUAUACACGGAACGUCCUACCCAUCCUAUCUCGGACCACGGGAACACACCCACAUCUCUGCCCACAACUUCGUUCGCGACUCCGAGUCCCAGACAGCUGGAUCCCGCUCGAUACGGUUACUUCGACUGUCGAACUUUGGUAGGCAAUAAACUCGGCCUAGCAACCAGUCCCAAUGACUGCCACAACGUGGGCAACAUCACUUGGGGUUGGUUCUUGGAGGAGUGCCACAUAUUGUGCUUGGCUGCGCACGAUGUCAACGCCGUGGCCAUCGGUCGGACAAUGCUCUUCGAUGCCGAGAGUGGCGCCAUCGACGUCAUUUUGGCCAAUCCCCUCGAUGACGUGGGCAACCUGGAACUGGAUAACUUCACAUUGGCCUUGUACGCUGUUGGUCCCAACACCGUCGCGCAAGUUACCCCCAAUACCAUCAAUCUUUGCCGCGCGACCCGGGACGCCUCGCACGAACUGGCCUUCGUGACCGUGACCACACUAGACCUAUUUGAAGACAUCAACUGCGUCAAAAUCGCAACCAAAGCUCACUUCUCUAAACUAGAGAACCAGCCGCUUGGCGACCAGUUGAUGGUGACGGUAACCUUAGACGACGGGUGUUGUCGAUUAUUCAGGGUCGCGGAAAACGAGGUCACGGAAAUCACACGGGAGACGCCGCAAGUCUUCUAUUGCAUCCACUCAGCGGACCCGCUCCAAGACACAGCCAUGGCGGCCGAGGGUUGCGACUCAGCCGUGACUGUGACGCGGCCGCUGGAGAGGGAGGCUGUCAAGCAGUACAUCAGUCAACAGACGGAUAGCACCGUGCUGUGCCGUUGGAUGUGGACAGCCCAGGCGGCGCUGCUGGGGGAUCCGGCAACCGAGGAUGCCUCCGGCACGCGGACGGAGGUGGACCAACCGACGGAGGCUGGUCUGCCGGGGGGGAAGGCUCUGGCGCCGGCUUCGGGAGACGCAGGGAAGGCGCCUCGGCUGUUGCACGUGGCGGCCUCCCGUUCGGGCGAGGCACUGCUGGCGGUGACUGCGUCGCGCGUGUUCCUGUACCGCAGGGAGUGCGUGGCCGCGGGGCCCCCGCGCUGGGUACAGCUUCCGCUCCUAGAUGCAGAGACCAGGGCUCUGGGAGACCAAUGCCGGGACCAAGGUCCAGAUCAAGAUCUGGACGAGGAUCUGGAAGAAGGCCGGUUGGAGUUGGAGGAGAGUACGUUGUUGACAUCUCACUGUCGCUGCGGGGGGUGUGUGGAGGACCAGUGUUUCAGCGUGCGGUUGCGGGGCGUGGUGUUGGUGGUCACGUGUGUCGCGCGUGGGCAGUGGCGCCUCUUUACGGUGGACGCGCGUGUGUGUCUGAUUGGCGGCGCGCGAUGGCUGCUGGACACGCAGACGGGCGUGGUGGGGCCGGCGCUGCUCCUGGGCUGUCCCUUUGCCGCUUUCCGGUUCCACGGGGCCUUGUUGCAGGCCGCACUCCCACUGCCCGGCGAGGCGCGUUGGGAGGCGCUGACUUGCGCCGUGCGUGACGCAGGUCCCGUCCUGGGCGACGCGUCUGCUCCCCUGGGUGACGUUUCCCUGGGGGAGGCAUCCGUUCCUCUGGGGGAGGCGUCCGGUGAGACGGCGUCAGAAACUUCCCUAGAGAAGUCUCCCGCUCCUCUGGAAGAGUCUCCGGUGCCCGCGGAGAAAGCUAUUGGGGAGGUUGUUUCACGGGUCUGUGGCGUGGAGGCGGUUUUGCGCGAGGUGCAGGACGGGGGCCGACCACUGGAGGAAACACUGCCGCGAUGGCAAGACGCCUGGACCUCGUGGCGGGCGGCGCGGCUGUCGCGGCGUGCGUGGGUCCGUCGUCUGGGCGGUUUCUGGCUGGAGCCGCACGAGCGUGUGGUGGCCACGCACCGGGUGACAGUGGCGGACGAGCAGUUCGUGUGUCUGGGGACGGUCCCGAUAUCUGGCGGUCUUCGUCCGCCUACGGGUCGUGUGUUGGUAUUUCCCGAGGUCGCCUGUUCCUCUGCACCCGGCGUGCCAGAGGGGGAGGGUGUGCCGUAUGCGAUGAAUGUGGUGGGCGGUGUGGUGGCGAUGGGUAGUGUGAUGUUCCGUGAGAAGACGUUGCUGUGGUUCGCGGCCGGAUGCCGGUUGUACGUGCGCGAGUUGCACGGUGGUGUGCUGAAAGGCGGGACCUUCGUAGGCACGCUGUCGCCGGUCACGUUCGUCGCAGUGUUGAAGGAGCAGUACUUCCUCCUGGCCACAGCCAGUCACGGACUUACUUUUGCCGCGCUCCGUCUGGCGACUAACCGCCGCAAUCCUGCCAGCGGCUCCACGCAGUUCCUGCCGCUCACGCUCGUCCUGCUUGCGCGCAACAUGCCCGCUCCUCACUCCCGUCUCGCCACCAAUGUUUGCGGCUUCCUCACCCGCGGUCCCAAGGUCUUCCAGAUCGCCGGCGAUCUCGCGGGCACCAUUCGCCUCAACGCAUUCCUCCCGCCGCACAACUUCGAGGCCAACGGCCAGGAGUUAAUAGGGGAACGGCCACCGGGACACAUACUUGGAGAACAUGCAGCCAAAGAACACGCCCCCGGACAACACGCCGGAGGGCAUGUGCACGCCGCCGGAGGGCAAGUUGCUGACCACGGAGAGCCGGGCGACGGACAACCUGGUCAAGGUCGCCCUGGCCAAAACCUCGGUGGCCAAAGCCUCGAUGAAGAAGAAGCGCGGCCCAGUCUGGCCUCUCUGGACUGGCUACGACUGCGGGAACGAGAGCAGCUGCCCGUUGGCGAACGAUUCCUCAGCGUCCUCCAAUUGGACGAGAAAUUAGUAUUUGUUACGGUCUACGGAAACAUGUACCAACUGUCGCUGCCACUCAGCGGAGGGUGA